GAAAUUUGUUUUUCCCUCACUAUUCAUAAACUACAGCAGAUAAUUUCAAAUUUGGAACUCAUCGAAGAAUAUCCGUUUGAUCAUCCGCCCAUCUGCCCGUCUAUCCAACUAUAUAAUAUUCGUGGUAAGCCCUCUCUCUCUCACAAAAAUGAAGAUAUCGCCUACAAAUUUGCAAAAGCAUUUGGGGAGCUUUCCGAAGAACACGCCUGUAACGCCCACGCCCCUACGCGACAGGAGCCUUCAUCUCAAAAAAUAAAAAGAAACCGCCUCGCCCCCUCCGCCACACAUUAUACCGCAUGAAAACUUAAUACUUUUACUUUUUUUGUCUUAUUUAGGAGAACGGGGAUGGAUAUAAAAGAUUCGGUCACGACCGAAUAUACUUUUUGCACUUGUUACUAUUACAGAUUUCAUCUAUCAUAACGUCAAGCAAAUGAAUAAAUUGUCAUUACUUCUCCUUCUAAGCGUUAUUAAGCUCAACUUAAUAACGGCUUGUAGUCGUAUACCUCUGGGGACUACAGCCGCCAAAUCACCAGUUGAUGACAAUUACGUAAUUACUAUAACCGGUAAUCCCGAUAGUUAUAUACCCGGUCAAAAAUACAAUGUCUCCAUUAUCGCUUAUAAUGAUCAAACAUUCAUUAGCUUCAUGUUGGGCUUGGAAAAUGAAAAUGGUGAUACCGUCAACUUGGAUGCGGUAGGAACAUUUGAAAUCAUUGAUUUAGCUGAAACUCGUUACAGCCCCCGUUGCGCAAAUUUAAUAGAGAAUACUAACACAAAUGUUAAAAGUCGUAUAGAUGCUGUUUGGGUCGCGCCUAUCGCCGCUGGAAUGGGUUGUGUUAUGCUGCGUGCCACUGUAGUACAGCAUCGGGACGUUUGGUUUAUGGAUGAUGGUUUCCUUACUAAACGGGUAUGUGAAGAAGAAAUUGAUGAUGUUGAUACGCAGCCAAGUAUUGUAGAUCCUUGUUGUGCCUGCGAUGAGGCCAAAUACGAAUUGACGUUUGAGGGUAAAUGGUCACGUCAUACUCAUCCUAAAGACUUUCCUGCCAAUAGUUGGCGCACACGUUUCAGUGACAUAAUCGGGGCAUCUCAUACUAUCGAUUAUCGAUUUUGGCAAUAUGGGGGUUUGGCAAGUGAAGGUCUACGCGAGGUAGCUGAGCACGGUUCUACCCGGACGCUGGAAAGUGAAUUAAAGGAACAGAGUGAUCAGAUACGUACGAUUAUUAAAGCACGCGGUAUAUCUUAUCCUAACGUUACGGGGAAAACAUUUGCUGUAUUUCGUGUAGACUCGCAGCAUCAUUUGAUAUCUUUGGUAUCCAUGAUAGAUCCUUCACCGGAUUGGAUUGUCGGCGUGUCAGGUUUGGAGCUUUGUUUGCCCAAUUGUUCUUGGAUCGAAAGUAAAAUGCAUAACCUAUAUCCUUGGGAUGCGGGCACCGAUAGUGGUCCUUCUUAUAUGUCCGCCGAUCAACCGCAGGUGCCUCCAGACGUGGUUAGACGAAUUAAGUCAAAUUUUCCCAAUGAUCCACGAUCACCAUUUUAUGAUCCUGAUGCAGCUCCGAUGAAACCCUUAGCCACCUUGUAUAUCAAUCGAAGACGUCUGUACGAGAAAACUUGCGAUAACACAGAAAAUGAAAAUGAUGCUCCCGAAUGUGCUACUAAUCCCUGGACACGCUGGGAUGCGUGCAGUGCUAAAUGUGGUCCGGGUAAACAAUAUCGCACUCGUGAAUUUAAAGAUCCGUUAAUUGCACGCAAGUUCAAAUGUCGCACAAAUCUGCGUGAAGAACAGGAUUGCGUAGGUCGUAAAUGUGAUUCGUUUGACGAAUCUGAGCCAAGUGAAAUUGAUUCGGAAGGAUUAAGCUAUCCUGGGUCAGGUCCAAAAAAUCCGGAAUGUGCCAUUUCCAAUUGGACCGAUUGGUCAUCAUGUUCCGCUACAUGUGGGGCUGGGACUAUGAUGAGAUCGCGCCAAUACCUAAAUCCCCGAGCAAAAAAAAAAUGUCAGAAAGUAACUCGAAUUCGUUUGCAAGAAACGAAGCGUUGCCAAGGCAUUGAUUGUGGCGGUGACAUCGAAAAUCCUGGCGGUGAUGGUAACGGCGAUUCGGAGACGGAUAACCAGAACACUAGAGCUUUAUAUGGCAACUUAGAUGAUAUUUAUCGUUAUAAUAAUUUCGAAAGUUACAGUCACCAACUAGAUGAUUAUAUACCACCCGAAUGCGGUGUGUCACACUGGUCCGAUUUUUCACCAUGUUUGGGCCCUUGUGGUCGUACAGGCACACGUCAGCGAGAACGUAAAGUAUGGAAAAAGGACGAGGUCUACGGAGUACGACGUCCCGAUUACGAUCCUAAAUUGGAUUCCUGCCGGCAUAUUAAGCGGAAAGAAGUAGUAAAUUGUACACUAUCAAGUUGCGAUGCGAUUGUCAAGCCUUUCUGCUAUGAAGACCUUCAAGUUAGUCCUUGUCGCGACAGUGAAGUAGCCAACUAUUGGUUUUAUGAUCACAUGAGUGAUCAAUGCGCGAUUUUUUGGGCCGAUAAAUGCGAUAAAAAUCGCAAUAAAUUCACGUCGAAAGAAGCUUGUGAAGAAACAUGUCAUUUGCCCCGUCAAAAAUCAGAGUUACAAGGCGAUGGUCUCAACAUGAAACCGACCAACUGCCUAGUCUCUGAUUGGGUAGGGCAUUCCUGUAAUGCUACUUGCGGUGAGGGUAUACAGAUUAAAACUCGUCGGGUUCUACGAUCGCCUAAAUAUGGCGGUAAACCAUGUCCCAAACAUUUGGUACGUCUAGAAAAAUGCUAUCAACGAUGUGAUGAUAUAUAUUCGGUCGGUGAUAUAAGCUACGGCAGCUAUAACGAAAGACGUCGUACUGGUCAUCAUUACCAUCAUCAACAGCAGCAAGACAAAGCCGAGGCCGAGAAAAACGAAUGUCGCUACUCUGAAUGGUCGGCUUGGACUCCGUGCACGGCCACUUGUGGAGAUAAUUCGUAUCGCCAGAAAACACGCACUCUCGUCAACACCAAUCUUAGUUAUAAAUGCAAAGACCGCGUACGAAUGGAAAAAUGUAAAAUGCUCCCUUGUCAAUUGAAUGACAACGACGACGGUGAUAAAUGGUAGAGCGUCUACCAUAUCUAAUUAGUUUGUACAACACAAAACAAUAAAAAAAGUAUUAAAAAAAU